ACCAGGAAAGGAGCACCGGGCCAGCAGGGUUUUCUGGUAGUGGGAGCACCACCUCCGCACAGGCACCUCGCACCAGUGGAGUCUGGUCUCUGCAGCCCCUAACUAUCUCUCCCCCCUAAAGCGAGACCCCUCGUCUCAAGGUGGUUCUUGCCCUCACGGCGGCGUCUACUGCUGAUUACUUUUUUUUCCUUACUAUAAGCUGAGGGGGACGUGAAGUCCUGACAAAGGCGGCACGAUGACAGCUGUCGAAACCCAAAUUCAAUACAGCAACUCCUACACGAUCCACCAUGAAGAGGCGUACAUGACCCAAGAGGAGGACUGGGACAGGGACCUGCUGCUGGACCCUGCCUGGGAGAAGCAGCAGAGAAAGACCUUCACAGCUUGGUGUAACUCCCACUUGAGGAAGGCCGGGACACAGAUUGAGAACAUUGAAGAGGAUUUCAGAAAUGGCCUCAAACUCAUGCUGCUGCUGGAGGUCAUUUCAGGUGAGAGGCUGCCCAAACCCGACAAAGGCAAGAUGCGUUUCCACAAGAUCGCCAACGUGAAUAAAGCUCUGGACUUCAUCUGCAGCAAGGGGGUCAAGCUGGUGUCUAUCGGUGCUGAAGAAAUUGUUGACGGUAAUGUGAAGAUGACCCUUGGUAUGAUCUGGACCAUCAUCCUGCGUUUCGCCAUCCAGGACAUCUCUGUGGAAGAGACCUCUGCUAAGGAGGGUCUGCUGCUGUGGUGCCAGAGGAAGACUGCCCCCUACAGGAACGUCAAUGUGCAGAACUUCCACAUCAGUUGGAAGGACGGCCUGGCUCUGUGCGCCCUCAUCCACAGACACAGACCUGACCUCAUUGACUACUCCAAACUGAGAAAGGACGACCCCAUUGGUAACCUGAACACUGCUUUCGAGGUGGCUGAGAAGUUCCUGGACAUCCCCAAGAUGCUUGACGCUGAAGAUAUUGUGAACACACCCAAACCUGAUGAGAAGGCCAUCAUGACCUACGUGUCCUGCUUCUACCACGCCUUCGCUGGCGCUGAGCAGGCUGAGACCGCUGCCAACCGUAUCUGCAAGGUGCUGGCCGUCAACCAGGAGAAUGAGAAACUGAUGGAGGAGUACGAGAAGCUGGCCAGUGAGCUGCUGGAGUGGAUUCGCCGCACCAUCCCCUGGCUGGAGAACCGCGUGGCGGAGCAGACCAUGCGCGCCAUGCAGCAGAAGCUGGAGGAUUUCCGUGACUACCGCCGCAUCCACAAGCCACCCCGCGUGCAGGAGAAAUGCCAGCUGGAGAUCAACUUCAACACUCUGCAGACCAAGCUGAGGCUUAGCAACAGGCCCGCCUUCAUGCCGUCCGAGGGAAAGAUGGUGUCGGAUAUUGCCAAUGCCUGGAAGGGUCUGGAAGGGGUGGAGAAGGGUUAUGAGGAGUGGCUGCUGACUGAGAUCCGCCGCCUGGAGAGACUUGAUCAUUUGGCUGAGAAGUUCAAGCAGAAGUGCAAUAUGCAUGAGUCGUGGACUGCAGGUAAGGAGGACCUGCUGUCCCAGAAGGACUACGAGUCGGCAUCUCUGAUGGAGAUCAGAGCCCUGAUGAGGAAGCACGAGGCGUUCGAGAGCGACCUUGCCGCUCACCAGGACAGAGUGGAGCAGAUCGCUGCCAUUGCCCAGGAGCUGAAUGAGCUGGACUACCAUGAUGCUGCCUCAGUCAACGCCCGCUGCCAGGGCAUCUGUGACCAGUGGGACAACCUGGGCACCCUCACCCAGAAGAGGAGGGACGCACUGGAGCGUGUGGAGAAACUGUGGGAGACUAUUGACCAGCUGUACCUGGAGUUUGCCAAGAGGGCAGCGCCCUUCAACAACUGGAUGGAUGGAGCCAUGGAGGACCUGCAGGACAUGUUCAUUGUCCACAGCAUUGAGGAGAUUCAGAGUCUGAUCACCGCUCACGACCAGUUCAAGGCCACUCUGCCCGAGGCCGACAAGGAGCGCAUGGCCACCAUGGGCAUCCACAACGAGAUCCUGAAGAUCGCCCAGACCUACGGCAUCAAGCUGUCUGGAAUCAACCCUUACACCAACCUCAGCCCCCAGGACAUCAGCACUAAGUGGGACACUGUGAAGCACCUCGUUCCCCUCAGAGACCAAAUGCUCCAGGAGGAGGUGGCCAGACAGCAGGCCAACGAGAGGCUGAGGCGCCAGUUUGCCGCCCAGGCCAACAUCAUUGGACCCUGGAUUCAAACCAAGAUGGAGGAGAUCAGCCACGUGUCUGUGGACAUCGCCGGCUCCCUGGAGGAACAGAUGAACAGCCUGAAGCAGUACGAACAGAACAUCAUCAACUACAAAUCCAACAUCGACAAGCUGGAGGGAGACCACCAGCUCAGCCAGGAGUCCCUCAUCUUCGACAACAAGCACACCAACUACACCAUGGAGCAUGUGCGCGUGGGCUGGGAGCAGCUGCUCACCACCAUCGCCAGAACCAUCAACGAGGUGGAGAACCAGAUCCUGACCCGCGACGCCAAGGGCAUCAGCCAGGAGCAGCUCAACGAGUUCAGGGCCUCCUUCAACCACUUCGACAGGAAGAGAAACGGCAUGAUGGAUCCAGACGACUUCCGUGCCUGCCUCAUCUCCAUGGGUUACGAUCUGGGUGAGGUGGAGUUUGCUCGCAUCAUGACUCUGGUGGACCCCAACAACACAGGCGUGGUGACCUUCCAGGCCUUCAUCGACUUCAUGACCCGCGAGACCGCCGAGACUGACACUGCAGAACAAGUCAUGGCCUCCUUCAAGAUCCUGGCUUCAGACAAGAACUACAUCACAGUGGAGGAGCUGCGCAGAGAGCUGCCGCCCGAGCAGGCCGAGUACUGUAUCAGCCGCAUGACCAGGUACAUCGGAGCCGACUGCCCCUCCGGCGCCCUGGACUACAUCUCCUUCUCCAGCGCCCUCUACGGAGAGAGCGACUUAUAAACACAGUCGCGUCUUCUCUUCACCUCCUCCUAUCCCUUCUUCCCAGCUCCUACUAUUUCUCCUAUGUGGAGAGAGCAAUUUAAACCCCUUCCAUUGCCCUGAUCAUUUCCCCUUCUCCCCAACCCUCCCUCCCUCCAAACCCACUGCCCAGAGAGGGGGAGAGUAGAAGGCUUUGCUCAAACCUUAGAGGCUGUGUUUGUCCCUCAUCAGAGUGCUUUGAAAAACCAGGAACGUGCCAGGUAUUGCACUGAACUUAUGUAAGCAGCAUACAUAUAACAUACCUGCCUUAAGGAGACUUAACACAGGGAGGUAAUGAGGGAGAGUUGGUUAGAAAAUGUUAUUGAGCAAAGCCUCCUGCUCUCCCACUCUCUCAGAUGACAUAUUUUUUUGUAGAAGGGUAAUUAAAGAACGUGAUAAAAAAAAGCUGGUUGGUCAGUUGGCUUGGUUGGUUGUGUAUUUGUGCAGAUGCAUGCUAUGUUGAAGUUUAGAAACGCUGUCUUUGAGUCUCUGACUCUCCUUAACCACAGAAACAUGUCGGUCAGCUGAGGAGAGAAGCAGGUCAGGUGCUACGAUACGUUACAAAGCCAGUCUGACAAUAAAAACCACAGCACUGUGAAGCCUGAAUGUUAGCAACACAAACAUCUUAAAGCCUUAAGCUCAGGAACUGACGGAGGGCGAACGGGAGCGCCUACACUUUAAAGCACUGGAUAUUAAGAUGCAGACAGAGAGCAAAGCACUGUGGGUAAAUACAGAUAAAGAAAGGGAGCGCCAUGGCUGGAUGGGGACUUAAGAACGAAGACAGAAAGACCGAUCCCACACGUCUCUCCAAAUUUAAAAUCACAUCUAAAGAUAUGAAGCCAAUUUUUCUUUACAUGACAGAGGGGUGACGUCAGGGCAUCAGGCGAGGACAAGCUAACAAGAACAAUACUGUAUGUGGGACCACAGCAGGCCUAUGGCAGUGACGAAGCAAAUAGGGUUUUGGUCCCGCUGACAGGUCGGCCAUGAUUAUCAGUGCGAGUCAACGCCUACGUGUGCAUGAUUUUGAUUUCACCUGUGCUCCAUUCUGCUCCUCAACUCAUUCUGUCCAUCAUCAUCGAUGACACAAAACUCACUCUCACAGUUAAAUUUAAAAAAAAACCUCAACUUGGAAUAAAAAAGGAAAAUUAUAUUACUAAA